AUGUUCUCCUUCAUCAAGCAGAAAAAGAUUAUGGACGAUCUUUCUACCAUCAAGAAAAAGCAAUUAGUCAAACAUGCCAAUUAUAUCAUAGAAAAGAGAAAUGAAAUUAAGAAAAUGCAAGAAUUGGAUGGAAUUGGUCAAUCAGUUCUUCCGAAGACAGCUGGGGUUAAACCCGUUCAAAAGUCGGAGCAGAAGAAAAAACAUGCUACAUCAGGUACUUCAAAGCUCAACAACAAGGACAAUACAUCGUACAACAAUUCACGUAGCUUUGCAAAUUCUGCUAACACCAACGAAGUUUCUGCGCAAGCAAUACUUUCGGAUGACACUGUACAAGACUUAUCCAAAGACUCUGCACUGGAAUUUCCCCAAACCGAAUAUCAAAAUCAUUUAUUCAAAAUUGCUGAACAAUUCGAACACAUGGACCCUGAACUUUCCAUGUUUUAUAUGAAGAGAUUUUAUAAUGAAAUGAACAGUUCUGAUAAUUUGGACAAACACACCGACAAGUAUGCCAAAUGUUGUCUAUUUUGUGGACAUUCAUUCCUGAGCAGGGAUGAGGGAUAUCAUCUCAUGAAGCAGCCAUCGAACAAGGUUGUAAUUAGAGAUGUUACCAAGGACGAAAAGCUAUGCUCACUUAAUUUAAAGAAAUUUUUUGGAUCAAAAAAAGAACGAGUGAAAUGGUCGAAUAUAGUUCACUGCUUGUGCACCACGAGAACUGCUUCUAAUAACGUGCUUACAUAUCGAUGCAAGAGUUGUCACAAAUACUUGAUUGUUCCAUUUGACAAAGAUGUGGCUCUUACAACAUCAAAAUCGGAAAACAAACAAGAAUGUGUCCAACGAAAACACCAAACCAGUAAUGAAGCCUCAAACAGAGCUUCCCAACAACCAAAAAGUCAGACGUCUUCCAAUGAAGUCAGUGCACUAGCAACAAAUGAAAAUUCGAACAUCUUAUCUACAAAAUCUAAAAAGAAAGGCAGCCAAUCUCAACACACUCAAACUGCGGCACCAAAAAUUAACGAUUCAAACGAAAAGAAGAGAAAGAGAGAAAAUGUAACGUCUUUAUCAGACACUUCCCAAGCAUCCAAAAUCAAGGAUCCACCUACAAGCAACAAUGAAUCCAAGAAGAAAAAAAAGAAGAAUGCCUCAGGUGCCACAUCAGCCAGUGACUUUUUAAAGAUGCUCUAA